CGCAGCGCUCGUGCGUGUUCAACGUAUCAUUAGAGCAAUAUUACUGAAUAUUAAAAAUGUGGUCCAAAAUAUUUGGUACAGUGAAAUAUAUGUUAGUUGGUAUAAAUUUUCUAUUCCUGAUAACGGGUAUAAUAGUAUUGUCUGUGGGUAGUUCUGUGCAGACAGCAUACAAUGAUUACCAUCCAUUCCUAGCUGACAGAUUCUUCUCAUUACCAGCGUUUUGCAUCGCAACUGGCAUCAUUAUAAUAUUAAUAGGAUUCAUCGGUUUCUAUGGAGCUUACACGGAAGACUCUAGAGUCAUUCUCACGUAUGUAGUCUUGCUGAUUCUCAUGUUCGUGUUCCAACUAUCGGCAUGUAUAGCUGGCUAUGCACUAAGAGGUAAUACUUUAGCUCUGGUGCAUCGGCAACUGUUUGAUACCUUAGAGCUGUAUGCUGCAGAUGACGUCGUUAUACAGAAGGUGUGGGACGAAGUGCAGGCCGAUUUUUCGUGCUGUGGUGUAAGCAACGCCACCGAUUGGUUGAUACCCCUCAAAACAAAUGAAACUGGUGGUUUGCCGGUCAGUUGCUGCCCUCAUGUGUACGGUACAGUCCAGAACAUCAACUGCACCAUACAUUCGAAUGAAUCUUAUAAAGUUGGAUGCUCAGAUGCUUUUGGUAACUGGGUGAAGGCGCACGCAGGAUCUAUAGGAGUGGCUGGUAUAUUCUUAGUAUUAUUACAGGCGGUCGUGGUGGGAGCAGCUUGUUGGAUGGCGAAGGUAGCUCGCGAAGACCAGUCGGCAUAUCCGUAAAGACCCCGUGAAGCUGAUCACUGCCAGGCCGACCACUCUGCCCGACCCGACUGAGAAGGGAACGCGAAGGGUUUUUUAAUUUAACGAUUGAAAAUUUUGUGUUGUAUAUAAUAACUGCUAAUUACUAUGUAUGAUUUAAGUAUAAUAACAUUGUUUAAGUAAAUCACAGUUAAUGCUAAUAUAUACCUUGUAUUAUAUUUAUAUACUUGGGCAGAUUAAUAUAAAUAUAUUGGCAUCGUGUUUCAGUGGGAUAUUGCUAUAAAUAUAAUAUUAAUCUUUUUUACUACAAAAUUGAACAGUGUGUCCCAACCUUUUUUGUGAAAUGCCCCACAUUAGCCUUUCUAAAAAUAUUAUGCCCCCCUCCCCUCCCAAUCUAAAUACCUCAAUAUGUAAUAUUUGUUUUUUUUAAAAUGAAUUGUUCAGUUAAGGAACAAGUAAGUAAGUAAAUUUUCAAAACCUAUAAUGAAAAACUGAAUUUAGAAUUAUAAAUAAUUUUAAUAAAGGUAUUUUCUACAUUAGUAUUUUAAAAAUUGGCACCGGAAUCUAAUAUUGCAUUUAUAUGGCCCGCAGCAAAUGUAUUAAAUUCGUGUCGAGUCCAUUUUCGAAUUGCCCUCAUGUGGGACGUAGACCCUACGUUGUGAAUCACUGUUCUAGAGUCUAUGCAAAAUAUAUGGAUGAAAAAAGUAUAUUUUAUGAAAAACAAAUACAAGAAGAGAAUUACAUUCCUUAGCUGUGUUUCUGCAAUAAAGAAACACAAAGCGGUGAAAAUUAAAUGUUUACAACAUUAAUUUAAUUUAAUAGUGUAAUGGAAAUGUUACUAGACUAUCUUGUUCAUUACUUUUAGUAUUAAGGAUUACUGUAAUUAUUUGAAGCAGGAAUAGAGUCUUGUAAAUAUUUAUAAUUAUACUUAAUUAUAGCUUGAUAGAGUGCUGAAAAAUCAAUAAACCUUAAGUCAUCAAAAUUUAUUCACAAUUAUUGCAUAUGUACAGACAAAUAAAAAACACAAAGCUAAAUAAUAAAUUUAUUUUAUUACUUAUUCAAUAAAUCAAUUACGCAAAUGUUACUUGAAU